AUGGACGCGCUCUCUAUGUUGGACGAUGAGGCUGUAGCUCUGAUGCUGCAGCUGGAAGAGAUCGAAUCCUAUGACAGGCGGCGCAAGGGCAAAUAUCGAGCAGACAACCUUCCAGACUCUGAAUUGGCCUGUGAAGCAUUCCAGGCUGAGAUUAAGGGCAGCAUCGACCUUUUGAGUGACCUGAGGCUUGCUCAUAGCAUUGCACAUGCUGUGGAUUCAGAUGGCCAGGUGAUUGCUGGAAUCUUGCAGGAUGAAGCUCAGGCCCGGCAGGACAGGCGCCUGGCCUUGACGACGGAUGGCAAUGCUGAUGUGCCAGAUACCCAAAAAGAAUGCCCACGAUUGAUUGCAGGGCCCCCUGAAGAAGAAAGUGAGCCGGAUGGUGAUAGUGAUGGAUGUAGCGCUGGUCCAUCGACCUCAUAUACCUCGCGCCAGGAGGAGGCGUUUAGAGCGGCAUACACGGAUAGCAGGACAAUACUAUACCUGUCUCGAGCAAUUCCGGCCAUAUCAGCUUGUUCGAUUACAAUACAAGAAUAUCUACUACGUCGAAUGCCUGAAGGCCCUGUUUAUACGAGCUACCAAGGACCAGACAAUAUUUCCUCCCAGAUGUUGCCGCCAGGAAAUCCCCUGCUAGAGAGAUAUUAA